AUGAAUCUUCCGGUGGUGUGUGGAAUUCCUGAUCAUAGACAUGAUAUACACGGUCAACUACUCCUCAUAUCGAUUGAUAGCAAGCAACGACAGCCACUGCCAGGCGUCAACAACAAAGGAAUGAAUCAAAGAAAGCUCCUUACCUUGAGUUUGUCCCCUUUCCUUUUAUCUGAGCAUAUCGUCUUCUCUGAUCUUACGCGUGUUAUCAAAGGACCUGUCUUCCUGAUCAUGUGUUGGAUUAGAGACAGCUCAUCUCGAUCUCCUUACCUUCGUCUCUUCGCCUAUCUAUACCCGUGUAUGAAACCCCUGCAAGCUAAAAGCAAGGGGUAUGAAUCUACCGGUGGUGUCUUCAAUACCUGGUCUAGUACCAGUCCUGUCAUAAGAAGAGCAGCUAGAAAGCAAGGAUUCUAUACCUAUGUGAUUUCUUUAGCAGCCGUUUAUAGAGCUUUCAGUCAAUCAACAUCUCCUCAUAUCGAUAUCAAGGAAAGGAGCUCAGUAACGAGAGCAAGAGUUGGGGGUCAACAACUCCUAUGA